AUGCGCGCCUCCAGCGGACUCGCCUUAGUGGCUCUUAUGGAUACUGCGGUAUUCGCUGUUCCGAAUCAGGUUCCCAUGGUUAACAUAAAGCCGGUAAAGCAGGCUAUGCUGAGUGACCUGAAGGAAUCAACUCUCUUACCGACUGGCUGUUUUUGUGCGGGUGCAGACGAAAAGUCCGCCGCGAAUCGUUAUAGCGCACUUCUAAGCGCUAUAUGGUACGCCAACGAUCCCAGUUUCGUCAGAACCCUGCCUCCGCCCCCGCGAUGUUCCCCCGACGUGAAAGUGGCGCUGUUCAGGUGUAUUAUCCAGCAACAAUCUCGCUACAGCAGCUAA